AUGAGCAAACGGAACCAGGUGUCGUACGUGCGGCCGGCCGAGCCGGCGUUUCUGACCCGCUAAGAGCGGGUCGGCUACAGGGAAGGGCCCACCGUAGAGACCAAGAGAAUCCAGCCUCAGCUCCCAGAUGAAGAUGGUGAUUACAGUGACAAAGAUGAACAGCCCCAAGUGGUGGUUGUUAAAAAAGGAGAUCUAUCAGCUGAAGAAGUCAUGAAAAUUAAAGCAGAAAUAAAGGCUGCCAAAGCAGAGGAAGAACCAGCUUCAGCUGAUGGAAGAAUCAUGUAUCGAAAACCAGUCAAGCGACCCUCAGAUGAAAAAUAUUCAGGUUUAACAGCAAGCUCAAAAAAGAAAAAGCCAAAUGAAGAUGAAAUAAAUCGGGACUCAGUUAGAAAGAACUCACAGAAGCAAAUCAAAAACAGUAGCCUCCUCUCUUUUGACAAUGAAGAUGAAAAUGAGUAAGUGUAAACAUUUUGGACGUAG